UCAAAUCAAGAGCAAAAAUUAAAAAAUUGAAGUUCCCAGAUAUUGGCAUUUGGCAGCGACCGCUAACCGUGUUCUUUUUACAUAGAGUUAUACCCUUCUAGGGCUAUUUCUUCAAAUCUCCUCGUUUUGUCUGAAAAAAAAUUAGCAAAUGGCUCUAAAUCCACAGUACGAAGCUAUUGGCAAAGGUUUCGUGAGCCAGUAUUAUGCAUUAUUUGAUGAUCCAAUUCAACGACCAAAUCUACACUCAAUGUACAAUGUAGAAACUUCCUUCAUGACAUUCGAGGGAUCACAAUUACAAGGGUCUGCCAAAAUUAUGGAAAAAAUAUCGAGUCUCACUUUUCAAAAAAUUACUAGGGUUAUAACAGCUGUUGACUCUCAACCAACUUUUGAUGGUGGAGUUCUAAUCACUGUAUUAGGAAGAUUAAAGACUGACGAUGAUAUUCCACAAUCGUAUGUUCAAACAUUUGUAUUAAAACCUAUUGAGGGAAGUUAUUAUGUACAGCAUGACAUUUUUAGGCUGGUUCUCCAUGAUUCUUUGUAGUUUCAUGUUACAGUGCGAUGAAGAUCCUCCACAUGCAUUUGUCCAAGUGUUUGUUUUGAAGCCUUUAGGGACCUCAUUCUAUAUUCAACAUGAUAUUUUCCGACUAGCUAUACAUGAUACUGCAUAAGUCCUUGUUCAAAUUUCUAAAAUGUUCAUUUGCAAUAUACCUAUUUUACAGUUGAAAAUAUAUGCUUGUAAACUUA